CCGUUCCAGUUGAUUCGGGGUCGACUGUUCCAACAGACAUUAGGACUCAGUUCUGGAGGAGAGCCUUGCAGAGAGGGCCCAGUGGGUCUCGGAAAAUGGCAUCUCCAGAGAUGCCUGGAUCCAGUCAGAGUAUGAAGAAGACCAUUGGACACAGAGGAGUUGAGACUAACACUGGAGAGACCACCUAUAAAAAGACCACGUCGUCAGCCCUGAAAGGAGCCAUCCAGCUGGGCAUCACUCACACUGUGGGCAGUCUGAGUCAGAAGGCUGAGAGGGACGUUCUCAUGCAGGACUUUGUGGUGGUCGAGAGCAUCUUCUUCCCCAGUGAGGGCAGUAACCUGACACCUGCCCACCACUACAGUGACUUCAGGUUUAAGACCUACGCCCCCAUCGCCUUCCGCUACUUCAGAGAACUCUUUGGCAUCCGGCCAGACGACUACCUGUACUCUCUGUGUAACGAUGGCCUGAUAGAGCUGUCUAACUCCGGGGCCAGUGGCUCUCUCUUCUACGUGUCCAGUGAUGAUGAGUUCAUUAUCAAGACGGUGCAGCACAAAGAGGCUGAGUUUCUCCAGAAGCUACUACCAGGAUACUUCAUGAACCUGAAUCAGAACAAGCGGACCCUGCUUCCUAAGUUCUACGGUCUGUACUGCAUCCAGGCGGCAGGGAAGAACAUCCGCCUGGUGGUGAUGAACAACCUGCUGCCCCGCGUGGUCCACAUGCACCUCAAGUACGACAUGAAGGGUUCCACCUAUAAGAGACAGGCCUCAGCCAAGGAGAGGGAGAAGACUUUUCCUACCUAUAAAGACCUGGACUUCAUCCAGGACCUGCCUGAUGGAAUGCUGCUGGAGCCGGACAACUACAACGCCCUUAGCAAGACCAUCCAGAGAGACUGCCUGCUCCUGCAGAGUUUUAAGAUCAUGGACUACAGUCUGCUGGUGGGGAUCCAUAACCUGGAGCAGGCUAGUAGGGAGCGGGAGCGAGGAGGGGGGCAGGUGGGGGACAGUGGUGGGUCAGAGGGGGCGGUGACCCCAGACCAGCGCCGACCCCAGGCCCAGAAGAGUCUAUACUGCACAGCCAUGGAGUCUAUACAGGGAGAGGCCCGCGGGAAGGGGGCCCUGGAGUCUGAGGACCAUAUGGGCGGGAUCCCAGCCAGGAACUCUAAAGGAGAGAGGUUGCUGGUCUUUAUCGGCAUCAUCGACAUUCUGCAGUCCUACAGGUUCAUCAAGAAGUUGGAGCACUCGUGGAAGGCCCUCGUCCAUGAUGGGGAUACAGUGUCGGUGCACAGACCAGGCUUCUACGCUGAGCGCUUCCAACAAUUCAUGUGUAACACAGUGUUCAAGAAGAUCCCAUUGAAGCUCUCCCCGUCUAAGAAGUCUCGUGGUGGGGGUCCGGGGGGUCUGAGGAGAGCUCCUACCCUGGGAGGCCCCACCCCCCUCUCCCACGCUGCUGGACAGUCUGUGGUGGACCCCCGACUCGUCUCCCACUACAACAGGGCUGACGCAGAUGGAGACAGCGGCAUGCAGUCGGGCAGGCCAGACCUGGUGCCAAGGACCCCUCCCCUGGCGGGAGGGUCAGGGGAUGCAGAGGCCAACCUCUCCACGUCCUCAUUAGGAAGCACAGGACUCACCUCCUCCUCUCCUCCGCUACGGUCAGUAGGGGUUGAGGUGCAUAGAGCAGUAACAAGCACAGACCAAGACCACGGUACCUCCCACAGUAUGGGGGUGGAAGUGGAAGAAUCAGGUGAUCAGUCAGGUAAUGAAGAUGCCAUCUCACUAUCAGACAUCGUUCCAGAGACCAACAUCUGCUAAGUCUGGCCCAAUCCUCUUCCUCCUCUUCUUAAGAUCUUCACUAUGGUGUUUCUCAUAGCUCACUGGCCUCCCUCCCUGUCUGUCCCCCACAGUAACAACUGAUCUGGAGUCAUCUGAGUAAAAGGGGAUUCUGGAACCAAGAAGGUGGGUGGAAGAGAGAGAGGGGGAGGGGGAGAGUAGUCUUGCAUCCUCCAUCCUGACUCCUCUUUGGAUCCGUACUUCAGGCUGGCUGAACGGGAUGGGGGGGUUGGGAAGUGAAAGAGAGGGAGAGAGUGACUGAGUGCCAGCAGGAGGAGCAAAGAGGAAGAGAGAGUGUGUAUGUGUGAGGUAGGGGUGGUUGUCUGAAGGCUUGGUCAGCCAGACAGACACAGGGGUAUGCUGCUAGAAACCCAUCUCUAACUAAGUUACAAGAGUCUCUGUGUCACUAAACCCACUUAAACUGUCCUACCGAUCACAAAGUCUGAAGGGGAGAGGGAUGUGGGCUCAGACACCCCUAUAUCGACAGUGUGGAGGAGGAACACCAUGCUCUAUAUCACACUCUGUUCUGUGUUACUGUGUGCAUUCCUUCUUGUGGACAGUCUAAGUGGGUUCAGUUUUCAGUGACUCAGAGCAUAAUAUCUCAUAUAUGAUCAUUCUACAUCUCUCCACCCCCUCCUCUCUCCACACAGCCAGGAGAUGGGAGGGAAACAGGAGAAUCAUCUCUAUGUAGUGUUUUAGACUUUUUAUUAUGACCACACUUUUACUGCUAUGGACAGAACAUAUGUUUUCAUCACACAGACCUUCUAUUCGUUUAGAUUAUGGAUGUAUACAGUAGCUGACUGAAUUUGGGAGCUGGAAUGUACAGGCCAGAGCUAUAGGUAGGCUAUAGUCCACAGGAGGUUGGAGGCACUUUAAUUGGGGAGGACGGGUUCGUGGUAAUGGCUGGAGCGGAAUGAGUGGGAUGGUAUCAAAUACAUUAAAC